AUGUCUGGUGGUAGAGAGUUCCAGACCUUUACGGUGGCCGGGGGAGGUGAUGAGGAUGGCUCUGUCCUGAGGAUGGCCCUGUGGUGCACCAGGCGCGGUCUGUCCGCUGUGCUGGCUGUGUGUUGUCUCCUGUACGUGACCGCCAUGUUCAGCCUCUCCGGGUCUCGCCAUGUCCGACCUGUGGUUAGUAACUCAGCUGUACAUAACUCCGGCAAGCUGAGGAGAGUGAACCGCGCCUUCGCACAACCUCCGCCCGACGCUCCUACGACUCUGCAAGCUCGCACAACCGUCACACAAAUGGAGAGGAGGGCUGUCUUGGUGCUAUCCCAACUCAGAAGAGACGCGGAGGUUGUAGGAACUAUUUUCAGCCAACAGGAAAAUAUCUUCUUCGUGCCCGAGCACCUCUGGUCUUUCAUGUACCCUGACCCAUUUUUUUCUAACUCCCUCCCGGACACAAAAAUGGCGUUGUUUUCAGAGAACAAAUCUUUCCUGAACGAGACGGAAAGAAGUAGAAAGUGGACAGCGCUUACAGUGACGCUACGGGCUCUGUUUCGGUGUGAUUUCGACACGAUUUUCAACCAAAGGGACCGUGAGUCCGGAGACGAGUUCGGGGGCGGGGUUCCCCCUAGUGUGGCCAAGGACAUGUUCUGCCGCGAGAUCCAGAAAAGCGCCACCUUGCGGGACGGCUUCUCGUGCCACGGGUCGCCCGACGAGAUCGUCCGACGCAUGACGUCACUCUGCGUUGCCAAGGCGACGGUAGCGGUCAUGAUGACGGGCAUCACGCACGUGAGGAACCUCCAGGCUUUGGUGGAAGAUGAGAGCUUGAAGUUGAAGGUUAUCGAGGUUGUUCACGACCCGCGCGCCAUGCUGGUGUCGUGGAUGAGCGCCGUACCGAGGAGACGGGCGGGAGACGCCGACAGACGGGGGUUUUUCGACACCAGGGGCGGCUUGACCUUGACCGCCACGGAGAUGUCCCGGAUGUGCGUUGCCAUGGUGACGAACCUGCAGUACUGGGCGGGCAUGCGCAGCAGUGACCGACCUUUCCGCGCCAACUACUCCGUGCUACGGUACGAGGACCUUCGGGCCAACCCGCGUUCAGUCUCCGACAACAUUCUCUCCUUCCUCGGUCAACAUCCAGCCACCGGCGAGGCCGCCCUUCGCAGGACGGUCGCAAGGAUAGAACGAAAGAUUGAGGACCUAAAAGAUGGGAACGGAGACUGGAGGAGGAAUCUGACCGUUGCCGGGGCGACCAAGAUACAAGGGAGGUGUUCGGAAGCGAUACGAAAGUUCGGGUACGAGUUGGUGAAGUCGGAAAGAGACUUGACGAACAACUCCACAUCCCUUAUAGGGACCUUACCGACGGAAGUUCCCGGCGUUGUAAGGAACAGUAGCGGUCUUGUCUUCUCGUCUGCGUUGCGUGGCAACGAAACGCUACUUUUGAUACAAAAGCCGAAGGUGCGAACUGUCGUCCACUACCGGUUACGGGUCCGGAAAAACGAGACGCAGUAGCUAGAGACUUGACGGACAACUCCACUUCC